UGCUUUCUGCACAAGUCAUAAUUAAUGCCGAGUUGUGGAGCUAAGACCAGAUGUGCUGCCGAGAUUAUCUCCCAGGGCAGAUCGGCUGCUCUCCGCUCUGAAGCGCUGGGUGAAUGGAAAGCUGCCAGUGCUGGGACUCAGAAUGUGUCUGAUGCCUGAAGUCAGGACUUUCUUUCUCUGCCGCUCCUGCUGUCUGACACUGCCUGGUUUCUGCUUGAAGCUCAGCGCCUGUCAUGUAGCGGAGUGCUGCACAAGAACGAGAGGGAUCUUUGGACAGCGGUUGGAGGACACCGUACAGUACGAGAGGAAGUAUGGCCAGCGCUUGGCCCCACUGCUGGUGGAACAGUGUGUGGAUUUUAUUCGGGAGCGAGGUCUUACAGAGGAGGGGCUCUUUCGGAUGCCUGGACAAGCCAACCUUGUCAAAGAUCUACAAGAUUCUUUUGAUUGUGGAGAGAAACCCCUUUUUGACAGCAACACAGAUGUUCACACUGUGGCGUCCCUCCUGAAGCUUUACCUUCGAGAGCUGCCAGAGCCUGUCAUCCCCUUUGCCAAAUAUGAAGACUUUCUUUCUUGUGGACAGCUACUCUCAAAAGAUGAGGGAGAGGGUACCCAGGAACUGGUUAAACAGGUGAAGAAUUUGCCCCAAGCCAACUACAAUCUCCUCAAAUACAUAUGCAAGUUCCUCGAUGAAGUUCAGGCUCACUCUAGCAUUAACAAGAUGAGUGUCCAGAACCUGGCUACAGUAUUUGGACCAAACAUAUUACGUCCUAAAAUGGAAGAUCCGGUGACCAUGAUGGAAGGCACCUCACUAGUUCAACACCUGAUGACAGUGCUGAUAAGUGAACAGGGGCGAAUCUUUGCUGUUCCUCAGGGAGAUGUGCCAGGGAGCCAGCUGGAAAUCAGGCCCGUGCGGCAGCGCAGUACUGUGGAGUGGAUCUCCGAGGAGGACGGGGAGGACAGCAGGUCAGAGAACAGUGCUCCCAGCCCUGCUGAUUUGCCUUCUAGCAACGCUGUGGCACUAGAGGCCAACCCAGGACCUGCAGUGAAAAAUACUCCUCCAGAGCACAGUGGCAAAUUAACUCAGCCUGCCACCAGCCCCAGUAAAAGAGUGCAGACGCUGCCUCCGUGGAAAUACUCCUUCCGCCAGCAGGGAGCACGGUCUGUGAGUCCAAAGCUGGGCAGCUCAUCCUUAGAUAUCCCCAACCUCUCCUCCAGUGGGAACUGGUUGAUGAACGGACUGUACUCUCUCCGAGGCCACCGCCGGACAGCAUCUGGGGAGCGAGUUAAAGAUUCGUGUUCCUCCCAGCGACUCUCCACUUACGACAAUGUCCCCUCAUCCAGCCUGUCCCUCAGCACACACAGCAUGGCCAGCACUUCAUGGUCAACAUCUUCGUGUGAGAUCUCCGUGAUGGACUCAGUCAGCAGCUGCCCAGCCUGCCGGGCCAGUGACUCUUCUGCUUUAAGCUCUCUCAAAACUGAGUGGAUAACUCAGGGCUCACUGUCUCAGAGUGAGGGCAAGACUGCGGACCUGGAAAACAGCAUGGACAGGUUUGAUGCAUGCAGCAGCAGCAGUGAACAGAGUGACCCAGCUGCAGCUUCCCGAGACUCUGUCCAAUGCUCCAGGGCCUUACAGAGCUUGGUGGUGGAGCUAAAGACAGAACUGAGCAAACAGAGGACUGAGUAUGAGACUAGUAUCAAAAGAAUUGAAGAAACAAGUGCAGACCUGAAGAAACAAGUGCUUAGGUUAGAAGAAGAACUGGACCAAGAACGAAAGAAAUACACAAUGCUGGAGAUCAAGCUGAGGAAUUCUGAACGUGCUCGUGAAGAUGCUGAGAAGAGAAAUUACCUCCUGCAGAAGGAAAUGGAAGAGUUUUUUUCAACCUUAGGAUGUUUAACUGUUGGGAGUCAAAGUGCUAAACUCCCCAAGUAGAACAUGCAUAGAAAUUUCUAUUUCUGGCAAAAUGAGUGAAAAUGCACAUUUUGUUCUGGUAUACUCAUGUAUCAUGAGUAAUUCUACAGUGAUUGUGCUAUUGGUGACACUUGCUCCGUUGUCUUUACAUGUGCUAUAGUAUUUGGGCCAGCUGGGAAAGAGUGACCAUAAUGCUUGAAAGUUUAGAUGUCAGAUGGCCAGGAAAGGGGCCCCCUUUGUAUCCACAGAACAAAAGAUACUCUUCUCCAGAAUUCUCCUGCCAUCUCUGGACUCAAAUGCACCAUCCUUUUGCUGGCUCAAGGACAGUGGAAAGUCCUGCAGGGUGGGUGGAUGGCUAGAGCCGAUGGACAGGCUGGACAUGAGGGCCUCCUGCAUUUGAGCGUGGGGAGAGGGCAGUUCCAGUCUGGCACCACAGCCAAUGGGGUCGCUUACCAGAUGGAUCUAAUGAGGUGGUUUUCUCCCCACUCCAUACAUAAAGUUUCUCCCAACUCCAUACAUUCCUAAAGUGGCAUUAUUUCAUGAAGAUACUGUGAAAACAAAAUCUACAAAAAAGCUGAAGAUACCAAAAUCUUGACAAUUCACUAAAGUGGUCCCUUACCCACCAGUUUCAGUGUUUCCUAAAAAUGCAACUUAUUAAACUGUAUGUGAUAAAUAAUCAGAUUGGCUACACAAACUCCAUGAAACUUUAAAUAUGCAUAUUUUGCCCUAGGUAUCUGGGGGAUUUUUGAGCCAAAAAUAGACCAGUAUUAGCUGCAAGGAAAAAAAAAAAUCAUGACUUGAUGUAUGUCAUCAAGGUAGAAUAUGGAAUAUCAGUCAUCAAGGUAGAAUAUGGAAGAUUCUUAUCAUCAAAAGACAUCCAACUGAUCCAGCUGCUGAGGGUUUUUAAUCCAUAAAACUCUAAUAGCAAAACCUAUAGUAAGAGAAAUUAGUGCAAUUGCGGGGAGGGGGAGUGUUGAGGUGGUAAAGGGGGAAAGGUGUGGACUUAUCUUUAACCUUCCCUGGACAAUUGACCCUUGGCUGCCUUAUAUCACUUCUCAUUACACCUAGUAUAUUUUUCUGUUGGUGGUUCCCACAAGGAGAUGAAGGGACAGGAGGAAUACUGCAAACAACCUGUCAGCCCAAGUUCAAUAUUUCUACUAAGGAAAAAUGGUUAGAAUGAAGCUGUAAUUUCUGGUAAAAACCUGCCAGGGCCCGUCCAAGGAAUUCUGAGAAGCUCUGCAUAGCAUUUGUAGCACCCUGAGCCACAUGGAGCCUGCACACAGAAAACUGUUUCACCAGAUUCAGCUUGAUCUCUGACCUGCCAGCCCAGCACUCACUGCACUGUUCACGCUUUCUUGGCACUUUAUCUUUGACAGCUAAGGCAGCUUGGGAGUCUCUAAGGAGAAAGUUUUUUAACAGAAAAGUGUCAUGACAACAUGAACUGCCUAAAGGGAAAGUACAGAAGGAGCAAUGAAGAGCUUGCUUUAAGUAUUU